AUGUCGUCUAAUCAAAAAAUUGUUCCUUGGUUCAUCCAAUCGUUAUUUCUAUAUCUUUCCUGACAGAGUGAUUGUUAAUAAAGUAGAAAUGAGUUAAUUUUCUACUUUUAGGAUUCCAAUAGAAAAAAAGCGGAUCGAAUAUUUUCUGACUCUAAUACUAAUAGAUUAGUUUGGAGAUACACAAAUUAAUAACCUAUAAAGUUAAAAGGAUUGAUUUUUGAUUGUGGAGAUAUAUAAUUUGAAUAUUAAGGAGAAGAUGAAACACUUCGUGAAUUAAAAAAAAAUAUUUCUAAACUUUUCUUUUAAGCAAAAGUUUAAGAAGAAUAUAUGGCUUAAUAAGUUAUUGGAUAAGGAAAUUAUGCUUUAGUAUUUUUAAAUUGAUUUUUUAAUUUAGGUUCUUGAAUUACAACAUUUACAUUCAAAUCAAAGAUUCGCUUCAAAAUGCAUAGAUAAAAAGAAAGUGUAGGCAAUUGAAAAAGGAGAAGUAAAUCUAAGUUUAAUAUUUAGUAAUCAGUUUAAAAUGAAAUAAAAAUAAUGAGGAUAUUGAGUCCACAUAAAUCAUUGAUAAAUCUUAUAGAAGUAUAUGAAGGUGAUAGCAAUAUUUAUUUAAUUAUGGAUUUAGCUUAAGGAGGAAGUUUAUAUAAGGAAAUGAAAAAUAAGACUAAUCUUUAUAAAAGAGAAGAAAUUUAAAAUGUAAUUAUUUUAUAAUUAUUAAAGAUCAUGUAUUCAAUUUUAUAAGGAUUAUAAUAUAUACAUUCUAAAGGAAUUAUGCAUAGAGAUUUAAAACCAGAGAAUAUUUUAUUUAGAGAAAAAGGUAAUCUAAAUUCAUUAUCAAUUGCUGAUUUUGGUCUCUCAGUUUAAAUUGAUUCUUAUCCUUAUUUAUAUCCUAAAUGUGGUACACCUGGAUUUGUAGCUCCUGAAAUUGCAAAUAUGAUAGACAAAACUAAACCAUAUACAGCUGCUUGUGAUAUAUUUUCAGCAGGAGUUAUUUUUCAUAUUUUGCUUAUGGGAGAAGGUUUAUUUAUCGGAAAUUGUCAUUAAGAGAUUUUAAGAAUGAAUAAAGAAUUUUAAUUAGAUUAUUCUAAACCAAAAUAUCAAAAAUUAGAUUUUGAUGCUAAAGAUUUAUUGUAAGAUAUUAAUACAUAUUUUAAAAUGUAGAUUCAAAAUGACAGCACAUAAUUUCUAAGAACGUUAUACUUCUGAAUAAUGUCUGUAACAUUCCUUCUUUUAAUAAAAUGAUUCUUUGUAAUAAUAAUAAAAAACUUCUUAAUUAAUUACUUCCUAAAUUUAAGAAAGUUCAAUUAAAGAUUCAUUUAAUUAAUAUCUACAAAUUUACAAUAGUCCUAAUCAAAAAUUAAUAAGUUAAGAUAGUAAAAAACUAUCUAUUGUAACCCGUACUCCUCUCUAUGGACCUAAAACUAGUACUCCUAUCGUAUAACAUUAAAUGGACAUUUUGGAAGAACUAAGUUCUCUAAGCCAUUUUUCUUUAGAUUAAGAGCAAUAAAAUUGUUAAGACUAAAAUAACAACUAAAUUGCUUUUACUUAAUGA